AUGACAGAAUCAACCAUUUCAGAUACAAACUUAAUAAAUAACUUUGUAGAUUCCAAUUCAUCAUUGAGAAAUUCAAUUUGUUUAAAAUCAAAAAAGAAUAUUCAUUUUUCAUCGUUAUCGGAAUUUAUGGAUGAAACAAAUCAUGUAGAGUAUCAAAUGAAAAAGAAUGAAGAAACACAUCAAUUUUAUUGCUUUCAAAUGGAGGAAUCUGUGUUGAAUUCAUCUUCAGAAUUAACUGUUAAUCAAAAUUCUGAAUACUUACAAAUGAAUAAACCAAUUUUUAAUAGUUAUGAUAGAAACAUAUCUACUGACUGGACAAAUUGUACAAAACCAUCACAAUCACAUGAAUAUCAAACAUUUCCUCUUUAUGAUUUUACAUCAUUCCAAUAUCAUCGUCAUCAUCAUUUGACUUCACAGUAUGAUCACUAUCAACGUCAUUUGCAUAAUCCCAUUCAUUCAACUUAUCCAUUACAUCAUAUGUCUAAUAAAUAUUAUGAGUCGAGUAAUGAGAUGAAUUUUCACACUGAUAUUACAGAGAAGCACAAAAUAAAUCAUAAUCAUAGUGAUGAGAAUAAUAAUAAUAAUAACACCUCAAAUAACAUUGAAUGUAGUAGUAGUAACAGUAAUAGUAGUAAUAAUAGUAAAACUGUGAAUAAAAAAUCUAAAAGAGCUCGAACAGCUUACACGCAAACACAACUGAUAGAAUUAGAAAAAGAAUUUUGGUAUAGCCAAUAUUUAUGUCGACCCCGUAGAAUUGAAAUAGCUUCAACACUUAAAUUAACUGAAAAACAAAUUAAAGUAUGGUUUCAAAAUCGUCGUAUGAAAUUUAAACGACAAAAACCGGCAGAAAAUUUAUAUCCAUCUACACAUUAUGGAGAUAUGAAUACUUCAAAUGGAUUCCUCAGAUCAGGAUUUCCAACUCGAUGUCAUAACCCAAUUGAUGGAGUUCAUUUAACGGAGACAAAUCCAACAAUAUGUCUUAAUCAUAAUACUAAAACUGUUGCACAUAAUACUUGUAAAUGUAGCAAUAAUCUUGAGAUAACCGAUAAAUAUGAUACUCAGCCAUGUUCAUAUAAAUUAGAUAAUACAAGUAUUUUAAUACAUCAUAACCUAGAAACUAUUAAAACAAAUAAUAAUUAUCAAUUAAUUGAAUGUAAAUUAAAGGAACACAAUGAUUCAUACAAUAAAUCUCUAAUCAAUAAUGAAUUAUUACCAACAGAUCAUUAUUCUAUUAAUUUUAAUGAAAAUAAUAAUAAAUUACAUUGUGAUGAACAAUUUACCUCAUUUAAUCCAUUAACAUAUUCUAAACAUAUACAUCUUAUUAAUCAACAACCAAAUUGUUUACAUGAACAACAGAACAAUUCUUUAUCUGGAUUAAAUUCUUAUUACUUACAAGAUCUUCAUCAUAACUAUUCAUAUCAUAAUUCAAAUCAAUUACUUGAACUCAGUAUGACUAGAGUAUCAUCAACCAAAGAUUAUUCUGAUUGA